UAAAAUACUUUUUGAAAAUCCUCCGAAUGCCAGCUACACGGGCUCAGUGUCACUUCUGACAACGACGCCGAAGUGUUUUCUUUUACUUUGCGAUCCUCGGCGGAGCGCAAACAGAGGAGUUACCAAAGUCCCCGACACGCUCCAGCAAUGGUGACUUUACGCACGGGAUUUGAAGGCUGUUUGAACUGACUCCUGUUUCGUCUCAGCGCCGAAACUCUCCUAUCAUCAGCCAUAACAACCUUCCAGCUUGCAAGAAGCACGCAGCGCAUGUCAAAUAAGUGAAUGCAGGUGACGUUCAUGAAUUUUAAACUCAUCCACAAGUGAGAAGAGGGUGUUGGAGCUGAAGUCUCUUAUUUCUAAUGAUGUCUUCCAUGCGAGCAACGCCUCCCUUUCAACCACCGUCCGAGGAAGCGGAAGUGAUAGGUCAGGACAAUGCAGCCUGGACCUGUGACGAGCGAGAGGACCCAAAGGAGUCGGUGUCACCCCCUUUGCAUGACCAACCCCACCCGGAUGAACUGCAGCCAAUCAGAGAGAAACCGACGGAUGCUGAGUGGGAGAAUGUCGGUCCUGCUGUGAUGGACAAUGAAAGCAGUAAAGGCUGCUCGCUUUACUCCUACCGGACUAACUCUACCUCUCCACCCAAGCCAGAGGAGUGCUCCAGGGAUCGUGGGGAGCCCAUGAUCAGCCUCGCCUUCGGGACACCAGAGCGCCGCAAAGGCAGCCUGGCAGAUGUGGUGGACACACUGAAACAGAAGAAGCUUGUGGAGCUGACCAAGACAGAACAAGACGAACCGUCUUGCAUGGAGAGGCUCCUCUCCAAGGAUUGGAAGGAGCGUGUUGACCGCCUGAACGCCAACGAGCUGCUGGGGGAAGUGAAAGGUACACCAGAGUCGCUGGAAGAGAAGGAGCGCCAACUUUCCACCAUGAUCGGUCAGCUGAUCAGCCUGAGGGAGCAACUUCUUGCUGCCCACGACGAGCAAAAAAAGAUGGCUGCCUCACAGCUGGAGAAGCAGAGACAACAGAUGGAGCUGGCCAGGCAGCAGCAGGAGCAGAUUGCCAGACAACAGCAGCAGCUCCUGCAGCAACAGCACAAGAUCAACAUUCUCCAGCAACAGAUCCAGGUCCAGGGUCAUAUGCCUCCCCUGAUGAUCCCAGUAUUUCCCCAUGACCAGCGGUCUCUGGCUGCUGCUGCUGCUGCACAGCAAGGCUUCCUCUUCCCACCAGGCAUGUCCUACAAGCCAGGUGAAAAUUACCCGAUGCAGUUCAUUCCAUCUACAAUGGCAGCUGCAGCAGCAUCAGGACUCAGCCCAUUACAACUACAGCAGCUGUAUGCCGCCCAGCUGGCAAGCAUGCAGAUCUCACCGGGAGCCAAGAUGGCUCCCCUCCCACAGGCUCCCAACUCCUCCGGUCCCCUUUCCCCAUCCACCCUCAAGAGCGAGAAGCGAGCAUCCAGUCCUGUUGCUCAGAUUAAGGAGGAAGGAUCCACACAGCCAUUGAACCUCUCAGCCAGACCCAAGACAGCCGAGCCUCUUCGCUCCCCGACGUCCCCGACACAGAGUCUGUUCUCCGGAAACAAGACCAGCCCUUCAGGCAUGGGCAAAGGCCGCAUCCCCAGCCCCAUCCCCAGCAUGGGCAGGAACACCUCUCUGGACAUCCUGUCCAGCCUCAACUCCACGGCGCUGUUCGGGGACCAGGACGCGGUGAUGAAGGCCAUCCAGGAGGCCAGGAGCAUGAGGGAGCAGAUCCAGAGGGAGCAGCUCCACCAACAGCAGCAGCAGCCGGGACACCAGAGUCUGGAGGCCAAAUUGUCUGCCUUGAGCAACAUGAGCCUCAACAACGGCAACAAGGAGCGGCUGCACUAUGAGACUCUGAGCCAGCACCUAGGGAAGCUUGGGGAGGAUGCUGGGAAGAUGGUCCAUCGAGUCAUUGACCUGACGAGACCAGAAGAUCUGGACGGGAGUAGCAUCACAGAGGCGCGAGUGUUCAGGGAGGCACGAGGCAGGAACAGCAGCGAGCCCCAUAUCAAGAGGCCCAUGAACGCCUUCAUGGUGUGGGCCAAAGACGAGAGGAGGAAGAUCCUGCAGACUUUCCCUGACAUGCACAACUCCAACAUCAGCAAGAUUCUUGGCUCUCGCUGGAAAGCCAUGACCAACCAGGAGAAGCAGCCAUACUAUGAGGAGCAGGCCCGCUUAAGCAAGAUCCACCUGGAGAAAUAUCCCAACUACAAGUACAAGCCGCGGCCCAAGAGAACCUGCAUCAUCGACGGCAAGAAGCUGCGCAUCGGAGAGUACAAGCAGAUGAUGCGCUCACGGCGUCAGGAGAUGAGGCAGUUUUUCGUGGGGCCUCAGCCACCGAUUUCUUUGGGCAACAGCCCAGGAGGUGUUGGAGUUUACCCGGGCGCCAUAACUAUGGCAACAACGGCCACACCAUCCCCACAUCUGACCUCAGACUGCUCCAGCAACUCAGCCAGCCCUGAGCCCGCCAUCCCUGUCAUUCAGAGCACGUAUGGAGUGAAGUCCGAGUCUGGGGGUGGCGGAGGCAGCAACGGUGGUGGGGUUGCAGCCUUGGAUCUGCCCAGCGACCCCACCAACGGAGACGACGACAUGGACAUGUAUGACGACUUUGAGGACGAGCCCAAGUCAGACUAUAGCAGCGACCAUGAGACACGGGAGGCUGUCAGUGCCAACUGAGUGUGCUCAGAGUGUCAGAUGUAAAAAGAGAAGAAGAAAACAACUCCCGUUAUACUCAGAGACACUUCUUAAAAACACAGUUUAUUACAGAGACCUUCAGGCUGACUUUCAGGACAUGUUGCAUCAUGCACUGAGCAUGCCCCGAUCGGAUUUCAAAUCAGCAGACAUGCUCAGAAAGUUCUCGGACAGUAUUUUGAUGGACGUCCAUUUGAAGACAAGGGCCAGAGGGGGAAAUGUGACCCAAGAACAGAACCCGAACAAUCAUUCAGACAUCCAACUGACAAUGAACUUCAGUUUCCUACACUCUGACAAUCUUAACAGGAGCGUACAAGAGUUAGACAAGGGAGAGAAUGAGAGAGAAUGGGACAAAGAACAAAUGAGUGACGAACACAUUGCUGUGUGGUUUGUAAAGAGCAUGCAUGGAUUUUGAAGCAUUAGGAAAUGGUCUUCAGCAGCUAUUUGGUCUUAAAUGUUUAAGGAGUGAACUAGUUUUUAUCAUUAUGUAUUUACUUUUUGUGUUUUUUUUUUUUCCCUUUUGCUUUUUGUUCUAUAGACUUUUUUCUGACAGGUCACUGCCUGUACAAACUCUGGACUGUCGGAACUUGAAAUUUGGAAAAUUUUUAAUAUAAAUACUAGCUCUUGUAAUCUUAUAGUCUUACUUCUGUUUCUUACGAAUUCAGUGCUACAUCUUUUUUUUCUGACAAACUGCUUACAUUACAUUGCUGUUGGAUUCCUUUUUUUUUUUUUUUUUUUUAAAUAUCCCAGCUCAGGUAUGAUGUGCCAGCUUGUGAAUGUGUUUUUUGUUUUGUUUGUUUUCAUACAAAAAGAGUGGUAGGACUUUUCAGACUGUCAAUGAAAUAAAGGGAGAAAAUCCCUUCUAUUACAUUAUUAUUAUUAUUAUUAUUAUUAUUAUUAUUAUUUAGUAAGUGAGUACCCAGACAUUGUACAGAUUUUCUUCAAAUGUGCCAAACAUUCACAUUCACUCGGGAUGUUGUAGUCUUAAUUUCCAAUGCUGCAAAAAAGUCUUAUACAAUCAGUUUUUUCUAUCUGAUGAGAUGAUUUCCUUCUCAGUAAUUGCUGGCUCCCCUCCUAGCCCAAUCACAGGCAGAGCUCAGGGAGGAUAUGUUUUAAUCACACUCGCUCAGUCACACACACUUUGUGUCGCUCUCUGGCAGCCCCACCGGCCUCGAGACAUAGUUAGGAGAGCAACAUCGAAGGCGUCUGUUCCUGUAUUCCACUUCAUUGGUGCUUUCAUGAACCACAUUGCCCGUAGUUCCUUGUGGCCAAACACUUUUGCAGUAAGUGCGGUGCAGUAUAGUACCAGCAUAUGAGUCUGUCCCUUUAAAUCAGGCUAAAGGAUAUAUAUAUAUUUUCAGCUUAAUUUCACUUUAAGAAUGCCCGAGUCUUAAAUGUGCAUCUUAAGCUCUGCUCACACAACAUCAUAAGAAAGGGGAAGGAGCAGCCCCAUGACGACCCUACUGUAGGACAAGAGAUUCUAAUAUCAUGGAUCCCUUUACUGUAUUAUGUUUUCAAUCAGUACAAAAUUGUACAAAAUGUUACUAUUUUAUUAGCUUUUUCAUUUUUAAUUGUCUUCUUAGCAUCAAGUGGGAAAGAUAUGUUUUAAAACAGAAUUGAUAUAUUUGCAAAAAAAAAAAAAGGGGGUUUAUUAGCUGUUAUUUCAGAAGAUAACCUUUUUCUACGCUUGCGUGUAUAUUUUGAAGAGGAGUAAAUUAUUACGAGAAGAAUGGAGAGGAAAAAGGUGCAUAAUUCUCAAUCAUCCUCUUAGCCACAACCGCCCCAGUCAGAGCACACACAUUUUUCCACAGUCUGAAGCGAGAUGCUCCUCUUUCGUCUUGAUGCAGCCCAGCGGUCAGCAGCAUGCUGAGCGCACAAACUUUUUCCUCUGUUUUACCCAAAUGUCAUGUUCUUUCUCUGAAGACGCACCGUAGUUUUACGUCAUCUCCUUCUCACUGCAUUCUUUACAAUUUUUUAAUAUGUUUCCAUUUUCGAAAUCUUUGGGUGGUUUCUGGGUGCUCUGUUUAGCUGCUUCAUGCAUCUUCUGACUCCAAAAUUUCUCCUUAUGACCAUAUCUAGUAGUUUUUACUUGGAAAAGCUUCACAAGCUGGGACUAAACAUUGAUUUUUGCUUGCAAUACAAAAAAACCCAUCAUGCAUAGACAUUUCUGUUAGUGUCAUACACAUUCUAAGCACUGGAUAUAAAUUCUAUGUUUGUUUUUUUUUUGUUUUUUUUUGUAGUAUUUGACUAAUGUGAAGUUGUUGUUUGAUUUAAACAUGAUAAAUUAGAACAGUCAAAAGUCACAUUUUUGGAGCCUCCUUCAUGCCAGGCACCAGUGAAUUGCCAUUUCUUUAGAAACAUUUCAUUUAUUUAAGCAAAUUUUGAUGCCGCAGCUCUAGUGCCGCCUAAAGGGGUCACAUCACCUCUAACCUCAUGCUCUUGUCAGUUGUGACCUGCAGAGGCAGAACACAAAUUUCCUGGUCGCACACAUUUUUUUUUUUUUGUGAUGAGUAUUGUAUUUGAAAUUCAAUUGUGCGUUUUAACAUUUCAUUGUAUUUAUUAGCCAACUUUGGCUCUAAAAAGUGUCAGUACAACUUGGUGAGAAAGACAAUCAAAAAAAAUAUAUAUAAAUAAAAAAAAAGUAAAGACUUGAGAUUUUCCUUACAAA